GAGGGAGGGAAUUCCAAAGCCCCAGGCCCAGGCAGCUGAAGGUUUGGCUGCCUCUGGUGGGAGGAUUACAUUCAGGGUGAUCAAGAGGGCUGAAUCAGACAAGUCUAGGGGUUUGUACAGAUUAUAGACAAUGGGGAAAUCUGCAAGCAUAGAAAACUCAUGGAGUUUCUUAACUGGGACUAUGAAUAGUACCCUUUGAGAAAGAGAGUUCAAAUAUGUGUGAUCAUCUGAGAGAAAAUUCACUUUAUCUCUGUCUCAAAAAAUGACACAUUUUUAAACAGUGACCCCUAGUCACAGCUUCUCAUACGAGGAACUUCCUCUCCACAUCCACUCUGUCAAGACUCCUCGAGAUCCUCGAUAUAUGUUUCACUCUGUCCCCUUUUACUCCUCUAACCUUCUGUGGAUACAAGCAUGACUUGUCUGACCAUUCCUCAUUAGAAAUUCAUCUAAGAGAACAGAUGAGGCCUCUGUUUACACUCCCCCGAUUACUGUACUGGAAUGUCAGCCAACAGUGUAUAACUAGCAAUGAAACUCCAUAAGAACAGGAGUUGGAGUCGGACUCACGUCCCCUCAAGCUGCUCCCCCAUUUAGUAAGGUCAUUAGUUUAUUUGGUCUUUAACUUCUGUUUCCUGCCUGAUCCCCAGACUGAACCAAGAACCUAUAAUUUAUCUAAUUUGUAUCUGCAGGCAGGUAAAUGAUAUGACAUUUGUGUGCAUCAAGGAAAUUAUUAUAUUAUUGAUGUUCGCCUUUUAUUGUUUAACUCAGAUAUUCAAGUUUAUCAGGCUUCCAAAGGAUCUCCAAUAAUAGUUUGUCAUGGAUGAUGCCACUGAACUACGGACUGAUGGGAAUUCCCUGCUAAAGGCUGUCUGGUUGGGAAGGUUGAGAUUAACCAGACUUUUGUUAGAAGGUGGAGCAUACAUUAAUGAGAGCAAUGAAAGGGGAGAGACAGCCCUCAUGGUGGCUUGUAUGACCAGGCAUGUGGACCAGCAGAGUGUGAGCAAAGCCAAGAUGGUCAAGUAUCUGCUGGAAAAUCAGGCAGACCCAAACAUUCAAGAUAAGUCCGGUAAAACAGCACUAAUGCAUGCCUGCAUUGAGAGAGCUGGAGAGGAAGCUGUAUCCCUGCUGCUGACCAAUGGAGCUGACCCAAGCUUGGAGGAUCAUUCUGGUGCAUCAGCCUUGGUUUAUGCCAUCAACACAGAUGACAAAGAGGUCCUUAAAUGUCUGCUGAAUGCCUGCAAAGCCAAAGGGAAAGAAGUCAUAAUAAUAACUACUGAUAAAUCUCCUUCUGGUACAAAAACAACCAAGCAGUAUCUAAACGUUCCACCAUCACCAGAGUUGGAAGAGAGACAUAUGCCUCUGUGUAUGACCCCAUCUGAUAUUGAGCUCAAGACAUCUUUGACUCCAUCACCUACUGGUGAGCAGGAAGAUGAAAAAUCCUUUAACUUCCAGGUAAUCUCACAUCAGACUGGAAGUUAUACCAGCAAACCACACAAUGAUCUUGGCUCUCCCACCAGAAAAGCCAAUCCAAAAAGAAUUGGGACACGGCUGCCACAAUUAAAGAGGCUUCAGUCAGAGCCCUGGGGUUUGAUUGCUCCAUCUGUCUUAGCAGCUUCUGCUUACCAGGAGGAGUGCAAAAGGGUUAGCCCAGAUGAUGAGAUCAUACAGGGAAUCAAUGGGUUAACUCUGCCCAAACGGACCACUUUGUCCAGGACCAACAGCAUAGAAAGUAAAGACCCAUCUACCUUCCCAUUUGUCGGUGACUCGACUUCUAGGACUCCCUCCACAUCGGCGCCGGUUUCCCGCAAGCAGUCCUAUGAGAAGAACCAAGCUCAGCAUCAGCCUUUAGCUCGAAGAAGCACCUUGCCUUCUGAGCAAGAUAGCGUCAGCAGCUUUGCUUCAACUGGUCAAGUGAGCUUGCGAGACACUGUCCACCGCAGAAGACUGGGCAAUGACCACUACGAUUCAGACUCCCAACUUUAUUCAGAUUCAGUCACCAAUCCAUUUGAUCCGGUAAAGGUCACUUUUGAAAGAAAGAAACACAACACCUCUCCCUUGACCCUGUUGAACAGCUCCCGUGAAUCACUAGACAGCAUCUCCAGCACAUCACCUGGUUCUGUUCGUCGCAGACCUCCAGGUCUCCUUGAAAGAAGAGGCUCUGGAACACUUCUUCUGGAUCACAUCUCUCACACAAGGCCAGGACAUUUGCCUCCACUCAAUGUCAAUCCCAAUCCACCCAUCCCUGACAUUGGGUGCAACAGCAAGCCUUCAUCCCCGCUGACCAUGUGCUUGAAGUCUGUGGUUCCCAUGGCACCAUCUUCACCAAAGCGAAAUGACAUGAAAGCAAAGAAAAAGCUGGUGAGAAGGCAUUCCAUGCAGGUGGAACAAAUGAAGCAGCUGUCUGAUUUUGAGGAGCUGAACACUUAG